GGAGCCGUCAGGAAGAUGGGGAGCAAGGCCCUGCCAGCGCCCAUCCCGCUCCACCCAUCGCUGCAGCUCACCAAUUACUCCUUCCUGCAGGCAGUGAACACCUUCCCCGCCGCCGUGGACCACCUUCAGGGCCUGUACGGGCUCAGCGCUGUGCAGACAAUGCACAUGAACCACUGGACGCUGGGGUACCCCAACGUGCACGAGAUCACCCGCUCCACCAUCACGGAGAUGGCUGCGGCGCAGGGCCUCAUGGACGCUCGCUUCCCCUUCCCUGCGCUGCCCUUCACCACACACCUGUUCCACCCCAAGCAGGGGGCCAUUGCCCACGUCCUUCCAGCCCUGCACAAGGACCGGCCCCGUUUUGACUUUGCCAACUUGGCGGUGGCCGCCACGCAAGAAGAUCCGCCUAAAAUGGGAGACCUGAGCAAGCUGAGCCCCGGGCUGGGCAGCCCCCUCUCGGGCCUCAAUAAACUGACUCCGGACAGAAAGCCCUCCCGAGGGAGAUUGCCCUCCAAAACGAAAAAGGAGUUUAUCUGCAAGUUUUGCGGCAGACACUUUACCAAAUCCUACAAUUUGCUUAUUCACGAGAGAACCCACACGGACGAGAGGCCAUACACGUGUGACAUCUGCCACAAGGCAUUUCGGAGGCAAGAUCACCUGCGGGAUCACAGGUAUAUCCAUUCCAAAGAAAAGCCCUUCAAAUGUCAGGAGUGCGGGAAAGGAUUCUGUCAGUCUAGAACUCUAGCAGUUCACAAAACUUUACAUAUGCAGGAAUCUCCACACAAAUGUCCCACAUGUGGAAGAACCUUUAAUCAGAGAAGUAAUCUGAAAACUCACCUUCUCACCCAUACAGACAUCAAGCCCUACAGCUGCGUGCAGUGUGGCAAAGUGUUCAGGCGAAACUGUGAUCUGCGGCGGCACAGCCUGACUCACACCCCGCGGCAGAACUUCUAGCGAAGCCCGGAUCUGCCCUCUCCACGCCUCCCACCGAGGGGCCCACCCCCACCCCACUGACCCCAGCUCUGCCCUGGCUGCAGCCGCACCUGCAGCUCCCGAGAGUUAACUGUUCUGCCGGAGGACUGGGAACUCUCUAGAAAGCCACACACUUCCCCCUUCGCAACCAGCAUGUACUAGAUCCGUGUAGAUAUUCACGGCUCAUUUUAGAGCUCUGUACAUAGUGUCGUGGGUCUUCGUCCCGUUGUGUUGUUUUGUUUUCGUAUCUUGUUGGAUGCACCCAGAUGUGGAAAAUGGAAACCAAAUUUAUC